AUGGUUAAAGUCGCUCUAGCAGGUUGUGCAGGAGGAUUCGGGCAUCAAAUUCUGGAAGCUGUCCUCGCAUCAAAGAAACACUCCAUCGUUCUUCUCACCCGCACUCCCAAACCAUCCCUCACCGCCAGAGGCGUCGACGUCCGAACAGUCGACUACAUGGACCACUCCAGUCUCGUCUCUGCGCUCCAAGGCGUACACACCGUCAUCUGGACCAUAUCGGCACAUUUCCCCGAUGAACAAUAUAAAUCGGAGGUCGCACUGCUCGAGGCUGCCAAGGAGGCCGGAGCAAAGAGGUUCGCGCCCUCGGAGUAUGCUGGAAAGAGUAACGAGGGCGUAGAGUUGUAUGCCGCGAAGAUCAAGGUGUGGGAAGCCUGCCAGGCCUCGGGGCUCGAAUGUACGCGCCUUAUUUGCGGCGUUUUUCUCAAUACCAUGGUCACCGGCACCCCGAAGAACCAAACCGAAGCCCUCGGAGGACUUAAACCCUGGAACUUCCUCGUCGCUAUUCCUGCCGGAACCGCCGACAUCCCAGGGGACGGGAAAACUCCGGUCCCCUUCACGUCCACGCAAGACGCAGGCAGGUUCGUCGCGGGGAGCUUAGACCUAGAGCGCUGGGAACCUGUGAGCGGCAUGGCGGGAGGCAAGAAGACGUAUGACGAGGUUGUUGAAAUUAUCGAGAGGAUUACGGGCGGGAAGAGGAAGAUGUUGAGGAAGUAUACGAGCGCCGAGGAGUUGAGGAGGAAGGCCAGGGAGGAGACUAAUAUGUUCGUGAGGUCGAUGUGCCAGUUCAAUGCCUUGCUAGCCGACGGUGAAAUCGACUUUGAGGCCAAUUUGAACGAACUCUUGCCAUCCGUUCAGCCUAUUGGUGUCGAAGAAUUUUUGAGGAAGUAUUGGGAGGGAGUUGAAUUGCCUGAACCCGCUUGGGCUGCGUAG